AUGUACUGGCUCUCAUACUAUUAUAACACAGAGAGCACAGUCUGCAUGAUCAAGAAUUUAAAAUUCAGUUUCGAUCUGCCCGAUGAAGAAGAUAAAAAAUCACCAGUUCUCCUUCUAGGAGUGAAUAAAAUAUCUGACUCCCCAUUUGCAAGAAGGCGUCAUGACCCACAGACCGGUUCAAUACGCUUCUUCAGACCUCCUAAGUCCAAAUAUACAAGAGGAUUAAAUGGUGACGAAAGAUUGGAGAAGAUAAGAAAGGAUCUCCUCCUUCAUAAACACAAGCCUGACAUAUACAUUCCUAAUAUAAGACAGACUAAAGACAACUGUCACAGACUCACGUGUAUCAGUAGCUGUAUCUGUGACGCAUCAGAUAGAGGCUCUUUCUCCUUUCACAGACCUAGUUCUGAAUUCAACGAAAUCGAAUUCAAAUACACAGAGCACAUUCCAGAAAAUCAACCAUCCAGCAGCAAAACAUCGUAUAAUAUAACUCCUAAAUCGACUGAGCGCAGACACUUUCUACUAUCGAAUUUAAAUGAGCGUUUUCGUAAGACACUCAGCUUGGAUUCGCGUAAAAUUGAUAGACUUGAUAGGCCCAAAUCUAUAGCCACCAGUAAUAUAGAUAAAGAAGGUUUAGUGCAUCCAAAAAAGAAGAGGAAAUCAUUUUUCUCCCUCGAUACGUUCUUUGAUAAGAAAUCGGAUACCUCGUCAAUAGAUGAUUUCUGUUCGUCAAAGUACAAAAGAUUUGAAUUGGAAACUGAUGAUUCGCCAAUACUUAAAAGUGAUAGAAAGAACACGAGGUGUAAAUUGGAGAAAUUAGAAGACCAUUUCUAUAAGAGUCUGAAACAGAAUGUGGUUGAUGCUGUACCAGCUGAUGCGUAUGAAGAUGAUGUUGAAUAUAUAGAACCUAUAAGUAAUUUCACAAGUCAGAGCACAUUGAUUUUUGAUAAAAACGAUAAAUUUGACGCUACAUUAGAUAUAAAAGCGUUCGAAAUUGUUGUGCAAGAAACAGAUUUGAGUCCAGCGCAUCUAGUAGUCAAAGUUAUGGAUAAGUCGGUAGACUCAAUAGGAAGUUGUUCGUUGGACGUCGACGCGAGCACAGAUUUCUCAGAUACCACAUCGGGAAGUCUGAACAUCCUUACACCAUCAUCAACCACAAGCCGUAUUAAAGAAUUCACGUCGCGAAUACAAGAGAGAGCUGGUACUUUACAACCGAACCUAACUCCCACACCAUUUACACCACCCAGAACCCCAGAAAGACCAGACCUUCUUAAACCCCCAAAAAUCCUGAUUGAUACCUCGAGUCACAGAUCCCGGAACCAUCUUAAAAAACGUGACGAGCAUAAGAAGCCAAGCUACCUGAAUCUGGCCUGUUCAGUCAACGGUUACACAAACCUUACGACAUAUGACUCCAAGAUUCGCCAGGAUAUCAACAAGAGUCGUGAAGCAUCACCCAUACGGCCAAUAACACAUUAUCGAACUGCUGAUCCCCUGCUAGUACCCAUUCCAGUAAGUGCGAACAAAUUGGUUGUACCAACAUUCCCUCAUGAUACCAAUUUGACGUCCAAGGCGCCGAGCAAGGCGCAUACAGACCCAUACUUAGCCAGCUCAUUCAUGGCGGCUGAAAAUCGUCAGCUCAAGAACGACUUCCUCGGUACAAUGACGACAAAAUCCUAUAUUUCAUCAGAAAGCAAGAGCUUCUCUUCCAUACAGAAGGAUGAGGUGGAUCAGGUCUUCAAAUGCAGUUAUUCUGAAACUAAUUUCAUAUCCGGAAAGGAGUUUUCGGAGUAUACCAUAACGUCGAAUGAAAAGCAAGUCGAGAUCACCAAGGAGAAUGGGGAGAAACUCACCAGUCCAAUGAAAAGUUUCAUCCAACAGAGGGUGGAGAGACUGUACGGACCUGGUGCGUUGGCUCAAGGAUUCUUUCAACGGCAUAAAAGCGAAGACAUCUUGACUGAGAAAUCCCUUAACUGCCAAAGCCCUGAGCGAGUCAGAUCUACCGAGGAAACCAGCCCCAAAGACCUUCCAGUCUUGAGACAUUUGAGACCAGAAUUCCGUGCACAACUACCAAUAUUAUCGCCUAGGAAAUCUAAAACUGAUUCACCGAAGUCUGAAACUAGUGAAGUGAACAUUGAAGUAAUUGAGAAUGGUAAAACAGUGAGUGAAGUGAAUGGUGUUAAAAAUGAAGAGAAAACUGGUGAGAUUGUAAAAGAUGCAUACUAUUUCCUGGAUUUGGAGAAGAAAGAGACAGAGAGGCUGAUUGCACUCUCGGCUAGGGCUGAAAAGGAAUUGGAAAGCUUACAAAACCAAGAAAACAUAAGCGAGGAAGUGCUGGGUCUACUCCGAGCUGCCUCAGGGAAAGCAAGGCUUCUGGCCACACAGAAAAUGCAGCAGUUUCAAGGUCUCUGCUAUAACAAUAUAAAUGAAUGUGGAGAUGAGCAGUUUCCGACAACAUUGGAGGACCUCCAAGGCUUCUGGGACAUGGUGUUGCUCCAAGUUAGGAAUGUUGAUGCAUUGUACUCUCAUUUGGAUAGUUUGAAAGCGAAUAAUUGGGAGGAGAUUGCACCAGCACCAUCCAAACUCCCAACUACGCCGGUCCGGGUUAAGGUGGCUCGCUCUCCGCAAGUGAAGAAUGAGAAGGCGCGUCUGGCGGCCGAGAAGAGAGAGGUUGACAGGAAAGCGAUGCUGGAACAUAGGAGGCGCCUGGCACGCGAGCGUCAGCUAGCAGCUCGGGUUUCGUCUCCCGGACAAAGUAACGAAACGGAUCAUUCUAUGUCCGUUGAAGGAAGUCAGGAAGUGGAAAUAUUUGUCGGCAAAAGUUCGCCUAAAGUGAUACCUCAAGGCGAUUGUCCGAGUACGACUCAAUCUGACGAUUCUGUACGCAGCUGA